AUGGCUGCUGCCCUCAGUGAUGCAGCUGUUGGGAGUAGAGUUCUGCAGGCUGCUGGAGCUGCUGCUGAUACUGAGAUAUUCAAAGUCUUUUUGGCUGCUGUUUUCCCUGGCUGUAACAGGACGGCAGCAGCAAAAGCCGAGUAUGAGAGGCUUUUUCUUGGCCCCGACGAAAUUGAAGGAGGAGCAGUACCGCGAGCGUCAGGAGAGGAAGGAGCCUCUGACAACACUUUAGGGACUGCGUCAGUUGGCGAAGUGGCACUACCGCGGGUGGAAUCAGUCGAAGCACCCUCAGCCCUUGCUGACGCCGUGGCAGCAAUAGCUGCACCAGGUGGACCAGAAAUAGCGACUGGAUGCAGGAAGCAGACGGAGCACGAGCGAUUGCGCCGUUUGUGCUUCGAAUCAGAGCUAAUUGGAGACCUAGAUGGUGCAAUCGAGUACCACAAGCAGCUACUGCUGCUGCCACCAGCUGAAGCACCACCUGGAGUAGUGACUGCUGCUGCUUCAUGCUCCGAGCCACUGCUGUACGUACAGCUCGCAUCGCUGCUCCUGAGGGCCGACCAAAGCAACAAGGACGAAGCCGAAGCCGCCCUGAUGGAGGCGAUCAACAAGUUUGGAGGCGUGAAUCAGACUCCGACCGAGCCUUUGCUGAUGCUGGGAUGUCUCCUUCUUGACUGUAACCGACCAGAAGAAGCCCAGGGCUUUUUCUCUGUAGCAGUGCAACAGCUGCUUCAGCGGUUGCAGCAGCAGCAACACCUGAAAGACGAUAUCAGGCCUCAGCAGCGGCUUGAAGAUGGCCCUGUUGAGAUCUCGUUUUCUGGAGAAGGCUUGAGUGCUGGGAGCUCGUCAGCAGGGGCAAAGGAGGAGCCAGCAGAUCCUCCGCUUUCGCUUUGCUUUUUUUGUCUCGCUCUUUCUUUCUUGUUCAUGGGAGAUGCUCAACGAUUCGAAGCGGCUUUGUCCCUUGCACUGCAGCCCUCUGACCAGCACCUGCAAGAGCAAAACGAAGAGCAGCAAGGCAAGGAAGCAACUCUAAGGCCCACGAAUACGCUGGCAAGGCACAACAGAAUCAUAUUAGGCGAUCCCUUCAAACCACUCCCUGCUGCCGCUUCUGCCGUAGAAACGACAGAAGCAGCAGCCCCAGGAGAGGCAGUUGGAGGCAACUCUCCUGGAGAAAGUGGUUUCUCAGCGGGUAUCACCUGUACGUGCAACAGUAGGAACCGGUGCCACAGUACGCACAGCCAAAUGAGAAAAAGUACCAGCGGUGGCAGCGCUGUUGACAGCGGUGUCUCUGCUCUGCAUGAAUCCUGCAAGCAGUCUAUGGCUUACGUGCCAGCAUGCUCCUACCAGAUGACUCUGCACGGAUUACCCAUACAGUUAAAAGGGUAA